CUCCACUGUCGCCCGCCAUAUUGUUUUUAUCGUCAAACAACAUUGGAUUGGACGAGACGAAGAAAUGUGAAAGUGAUUGGCCAUUAGAGGCGGUCAAUUCAUCUUUAAAUAAUCGCAACAAUGUCGGUGUACUAUUUAAACACCACCGAGACAACUGAAGAAAAAACCGAAACACAAUGUGUGGAAGACCAGUGCCAGACCCAGAGCGAGGCCCAAAACGUCCUCAACCAAUUCUGGCCCAAAGCCAUGGAAGACAUCCGCGCCAUCCGCAACAUGGACCUGAAACAGCAAGUGUUGCCACUCGCCCGCAUAAAAAAAAUCAUGAAACUCGACGAGGACGUGAAGAUGAUCUCGGCCGAAGCCCCCUUGCUGUUCGCCAAAGCGGCCGAGAUCUUCAUCCAGGAGCUGACCCUGAGGGCCUGGAUCCACACCGAGGACAACAAGCGACGCACUCUGCAACGCAACGACAUCGCCAUGGCCAUCUCCAAAUACGACCAGUUUGACUUCCUCAUCGACAUCGUCCCCAGAGACGACAUGAAGCCGGCGAAGCCCCGAGACGACGCCACCCGCGCCUCCAACUCCGACCAAGUCUACUAUUUCCAGCUCGCGCAACAACACCACGCCAACCUGCAGCAGAACACCGCCACGGCGGCUGCCACCGCCGCCCCCACGCAGCCCCAGGGCGCCAUCCAGAUCGUGCAGCCCCAACAAGUGCAAACCGUGCAAGUCAACGCCAUCGAUCAGAACGCGGCCAGUUCGUCGCCCCCCAACACCUCGACGGCCCAAACUCCGGUCCUGAUACAAGCGCAAAACCAGCCCGGAAAUGUGCAAAUCGUGCAACAAAUCGUCACACCCAGUGGCGAAAUACAGCAAAUUCCGAUUAAUCUCACGCCGCAACAGUUGCAAAUGAUUAAGAUGCAACUUCAGGGAAAUACGUCACAACCUGUCAUUAUCCAGACGGCGCCGAUUGCCACGUCACAGCCCCACUUGAUUCAAGUGGCUCAGCAGAAUACUGCCCCCCAGCAGGUGUUCCUCACGCAGAGUAAUGGCAACACUGAGAGUGAAUAAUUGUAGGGUUUUUAUUUAAAAGAUGAAAAAAAAAAGUUUUGGUAGUUUUAUUACAAACCAACACUUAUAAAUAUCUCCAGUAAUCUCUA